AUGCUCAAGAUUAUAUGGAGCGACAGAGUAACAAACGAAAAGGUUUUGAGAAUAACUGAAGAAAAAGGAAAAAUUUCGAAAAUCAUAAUUAAAAGAAGGGAUAAUAUGAUAAGACAUCCACUGCGCCAUGAUGGUUUGCCGAAGCUGAUGAUUGAAGGAUGGCAAAACUGGAA